UCAUUUCCCGCGUUUAGCAGUCAUUAUAAUUUAUAACUACCUGUUAGUUGCUUAAACCCUUAAAAAACCUCUCACAAGCAAGCCACAACCUCUUUGAUCACCACCACCAUGCAUGCAUGAAGAAGCUAAGAGCCCCAGCACAAACUCUCUCCUUCUCCCAAUUCAAAACCCUAAUCUCCCAAAAAGAUUACCCUCAAGCUCUCAAAUCCUCACUCACUUUGUCAUCUCCACUCCUCACCGACCAAACCUACUCUCUCUUCAUCAAAUCAGGUCACUUUCUUGACCCUUACUUAUCCACAGAUCUCAUUUCUCACUUCUCCAAACUUGACAACAACAACAACAACAAUCUCUCUCGCUCUCUUUCUUUCUUCUUAGAAACACAAAACCCCGAUAUCAUCACUUACAACGCAAUCAUUUCCGGGUUUGCAAGGGCUAAUGAUUCUAGAACUGUUUUGGGGCUUUUCAAUGAAUUAAGGCAUUUGGGUUUGGUGCCUGAUGUGUUUACUUUGAGUUCUUUAAUUAAAGGGUGUGUGAGUUUGAGAGAGAAUUGGGUUUCUCAAGGGGUUUGUUUAAAACUUGGGUUUGGGUCUAAAAGCUUUGUGAUUAGUGGGUUGGUUGACAAUUAUUCAAAGAAUGGAGAUUUGGGGUCAGCUGAGAGGUGUUUUAAGGAGUGUUUAGAUUUGGAUAAUGUGGUCUGUACUGUUAUGGUUAAUGGGUAUGUGUGGAAUGAGCAGUUUGAGAAGGGAAAACAGGUUUUUGUUGAAAUGAGAGGGUUAGGUUUAGAGUUAAAUGCAUAUAGCUUAACUGGUGUGGUCGGGGCUUUGUUUGAUGUAAGAGAAGGGGAGCAAAUUCAUGGUUUUGGUGUAAAGAUGGGAUUUUUACGUGGUUCUUCAAUGCAUUUUAGCAAUUCUAUUAUGAGUAUGUACGCUAGGUGUGGAAGAGAGGUUGAUGCUAUUAAGGUGUUUGAUGAAAUUGCUGAACCAGAUGUUGUUUCUUGGACUGAGAGAAUAGGAACUGCUUCUGAUGGUCAUGAAGCUGUGGAGUUGUUUAGAAUUGUACUUUCCUUAGGUUUGGAUGUGAAUGGGUAUACAUUAAUUAAUGUUUUGUCAUUGAUUGGAGGAGUGAAGUUUUUGAAUGCAGGGAAGCAGAUUCAAGCACUUUGUCAUAAGACGGGGUAUUUCCAGGUGGUCUCUGUCGGCAAUGCUUUGGUGUCCAUGUAUGGGAAGUGUGGGCAAAUCUGCGAUGCUUGUAGAGUUUUUUAUGGCAUGAUUAUACGAGAUUCUGUUUCUUGGAAUUCUCUGAUCUCUGCAUGUUCUGAGAAUGGAUUUGUUAAUCAGGCUCUAGAGGUGUUCUAUCAGAUGCGUGAGUUGUCACUGCAGCCUACUAUACAUACUCUGGCUAGCAUUCUUGAAGCAGUUUCCAAUUCAAACAAUACAAAGCAGGUGAUACAAAUCCAUUCACUUCUUGUUAAAUGUGGAUUCAUGUUUGAUGUUUCUAUGAUUUCUUGCUUGAUAACAGCGUAUGGGAGAUGCAACAGUAUGGAUGAAUCCAAAAGGGUGUUUGCUGAGAUUGAUAAGGUAAACUUGGUUCAUCUGAAUACGAUGAUAACUACUUUUGUCCGUGCUGGCUAUUAUACUGAUGCUUUGGCAUUGUAUCAAACCAUAUGGAGCUCGCACCAUAAAGUGGACAGUAGAACUUUCAGCAUUAUCCUUAAAGCUUGUAGUGCUAUAACAGAUAUGCAACUGGGAAGAGCAGUUCAUUCCCUAGUAUUAAAAACUGGAUUUGAUCAGGAUAGCUUUGUUGAAAGUUCUGUCAUCGACAUUUAUUGCAAGUGCGGAAGCAUUGGACAAGCAAAGAAAGCAUUCAGGAUUUCAUCUAUGAACAGUUUGGCUACUUGGAAUGCCAUGAUGAUGGGAUACGCCCAUCAUGGUUGUUAUCAAGAAGUUUUUGAUCUCUUUAACAAAAUGUCUCAAUUUGGAAUAGAACCUGAUGAGAUAACUUAUCUUGGUGUUCUUAGUUCAUGCUGCCAUGGAGGGCUUGUGAAAGAAGCACGCCACUACUUAGACUCUAUGUUUGAACUUCAUGGAAUAAUCCCACGCUUAGAACAUUAUGCCUGCAUGAUUGAUCUGCUUGGUCGAGUUGGGCUCCUGGAAGAUGCAAAGAAAACCAUAGAUCAUAUGCCUAUUCAACCUGAUGUUCAUAUAUGGCAAAUUCUUCUAUCUGCCUGCAGUAUCCAUGGACAUGUUGAGCUGGGAAGAGUUGCAGCAAGAAAACUUCUUGAAAUUCAUCCUGAAAACGAAUCUGCUUAUAUUCUUCUAUCAAAUCUUUAUGCUUCUGUUGGUAUGUGGAAUGCUGUUGGAAGAUUAAGAAAAGAAAUGAAAGAAAAAAAUCUCCGCAAGGAACCUGGUUCUAGUUGGAUUCAAGUGGGAAGUAAAAGCCAUACCUUUUUUGUUAAUGAUACUUCACAUCCUCAAAGUAAAGAAAUAUAUGCGGAGUUAAUAAGGCUGUAUAAACAAGUGAUAGUGUCCCUGGAACCAGAACAAGAUGGUGCUUUUCUAUGGAUCAAUGGACCAUGAGGCAUAGAAAAUUCUCUUGAUUUCCAUGAGAGGCAAAAAAUACCCCUUGGUUUUUACAUUUAAUGAGUGAACUAUUAAAUACGUUUAUUCAAUCAGGAGUCCUCAAUCAUAGCUUCUACUGAAUAUUUGCACAAUCCAUUCUGUAUUUGAAAUGAGUAUUUAAUGAUUAAAUGCUCUCAAACACCGAAAAAUCCUCCCUAUCCUUCGUAUCAGCUCUUCCAGAAUUCAUUAAGUUGUCAUACUGAUCAAUGAAUGAGUGGUUCCAGUUGCUGUGAGGUGCAUGUUGAAGUUACAGCAUGGGAGAUAUAAUGAUGUUCUCAGUAUUAAUUAGAGCAACGUGCAUUAUGCUGUUCAUCAAAAAUAAAAAUCGGGACACGACAUUGAUAUUUGGCUCAGAUCCCUCCAUCCUGGUAUGAUGGUAUCGUGGAGGUUAGUUUACCAUGGUAAUGCUGAUAUUCCUGCUAUUUAAUGUAGGGGAUAAGAUUAACUAGUUAGACACCUUCAAGCAUUUUCUUAUAAUUGUUGACGCUUCUGCUUUGUUUUACCUGCGUCCUAAUUUGAGUUGAUGUCUCUCCAUUGCGUCCCUGUUGAUGAACAAUUUAUUUCCUUAAAAAUCCAUUGAUUCUGAUUCUUUUUUUUAGAUAAGCUGAGUUAGCAAAUGUUAUGUAGGUUAUUUCUGUGAAAGAACCUUGCUGGUAGGCUGUCGGGGAAUUUAAAGUAGUGCCUUUUCUGGAAACAUGUUACUAUCUAACACAACGGGCUAAGCAGAUGAAGCAGGAAAGAAAAUCCGCAAAAAUAAUAAUUCUAGGUAAAUUCAAGAUAUUUCAUUUCGUGAAGAUGAUGAUUUAAGACUUGCUUUCUGUUUGACAUCAUGUGAUAUAGUUACAAGUUUAGAUAUUAUCAAGUUGGUGCUUUCAAUUGGCUAUGCUCGUUAAUGGGUGCUUAUUGCUAAUGAUAACUAUGGCGACGAAAUUUGUUAGGAAGGAGCAUGUCAAGUGGUUUCGAUGUUAGUUCCGUUGCUUUUUGUGCCAAUCAUGUGGGAUGCCAAUUUUCAUUCGCAUGCUAUUUUUUUUUUGUGUGAAUAUUAUUAGCCUUUUGUUUUGGAAACCAAAUGAUAUCUCACUAAAAAUGAAUAAUUCAACUGGAAUUUGAAUUAAAGAGAACAAAACAAGAUAAAGAGGCUUGAUUUGAUAAUUGUGGCGAUCAUACAAUGUCUAAUAUUACUUAUAGCAUCCAGCUCUUUAUGCCUUCCACGGGUAGCUUUUCCUCUGGGAUUGAUGUUGAUGUGAAGAGGCUUUCGAUAGCACGGAAACAAUAGAGUGGAAAGCAUUUGCUGCUAUCCUUGACUUUAUCUGCCCUCUCUUUGGAAGUGGCCUGGUGCCCCUGGAAAUCUUGUCAAGUGCAGCAGCAGUAACAUCACGGACCUUGUUGUUCAUUGUGUAUAUCAAGGUAUGUGCCGAGCUUUACUCUUUGAAGAGGCUUGGGUAGAUAAUUGUGGAUAUUUGAUUGAGUUGCUUCGGUCAGGACUUAGAAGUUUAUAUAGUGCAACAACUCAUUGCAAUACCAGGUCCUGAAGAUUAUUGAUUAGGAGAGUGGAACACUGGCUGUUGAUAAUGGUGAAGGGUUGGGAGGCAUGCCAGCCAAUUUGUCAGGCUGUACAAGAUCCCUUGUAGCUCAACUUGGGAGAUAUUGAUUUUCACAGUAUGGUUUGGUGACUGAUAGACUGAACAAACUAUCCAUUGUUUAAUAUAUAUGGUGAUAGCUCAGAGCAUAUCUGCCCAGGAACACGUGCGGCUUCCAGAGCUAUCUGGGAGCUUUCUGCUGGAUCUCGGGUAGGCUUCUAGACUUUUUGGUCAAUAAAUCUUAUAGGGGGGUGGGUACAACAUACACGUUUUACAAGGAGGCAGGACUUGUUGGGUUGUUUCCAUUGUUUUUUGUCGGACAUAUAUUAGUUUAACUAGAAGCAAUUUGAACAAGCCUUGGGAAGCAAAACCUGUAUUGCUUUAAUGUUUCUGCCCAUGUUUUCAGGGAAACAACCUUUGAAAUUUCAGAAACUUAUAUUACUGA